AUGGGUGAAGUGGACAAAGUUCAGCCUAUCAUUGAGGAAUCUAGACUAACCGAGAUAACUAGAAAUGGCAGCAUCACGACUUACACAGAAGGCUCCGAAAUUCCAAUAGAGGAUCUAACAAUAGAUCCAAAUGAGGAAAGAGCUUUGGUUAACAAACUAGAUCGCAGGUUGAUUCCAAUGUUAGCGUUCAUGUACUUUCUAUCAUCUUUGGACCGAUCCAAUAUUGGUAAUGCUUAUACAUCCGGUAUGAAAGAAGACCUGAACCUUACAAGUAGACAUUAUUCUAACGCUGUUUCUGUGUUUUAUUCUACGUAUCUCGCUGCAGAGCUUCCUGCCGUAUUGGUUCUGAAGCGGGUAAACAUUCGUUACUAUAUGUCUUUCUUAGUGUUUGCGUGGUCAAUAAUCACUUUGUGCAAUGGGUUUGUGCAGCAUUAUAACUCUCUACUGGCACUUAGAGUACUCUUAGGUGCGUUUGAAGGAGGAUUUUUUCCAGCGAUGACUUUGAUCAUUAGUAUGGUUUAUAAACCUGAUGAGCAAGCUAGAAGAAUUGCCUUUUUCUUUGGAUCAUCAGCCCUCUCUGGUGCUUUUGGUGGUUUGAUUGCAACUGGGCUAGCUUCAGUUAAAGGCUCUGUCUUAGAAGGCUGGAGAUGGUUAUACAUUAUCGAGGGAUUGGUAUCCAUCAUGGCAUCGGCUUGGUUGUUCUUCGGUUUACCCGCCCACUUUGAGGUAAUUCCAUUUCUUAGUGAGCGUGAGAAGUAUUUAAUGCACAUUCGUGGAAGGCAGAGACUACAAUACAUGGGAUUUAACGACAAAUUCGAUUGGUGUUAUGUUAAGGAUGCACUUCUUGAUUUCAAAACGUACAUUUCACUCGUAAUUCAAUUUUGUCAGGACACAAUACUUUAUGGCUUUAGUACUUUUCUGACCGCUAUUUUAAAGUUGGGCUUGGGAUACAGUUCUAGAGAAGCACAAUAUAUGAGUGUUCCCGUAUAUAUCCUAGCAGGAUUUGUGUUUUUGGUUUCUGCUUAUUUGAGUGAUAGACUUAGGUUGAGGGGCCCUAUUUUUUUUGGAUACAAUAUAUUGGGAGUUGUUGGAUAUAUUUUAUUACUAAGUGUCCAUAAUAACGCCAUAAAAUAUUUUGCGUGCUACCUGAUUACAUUUUCUCUUUACACGGGAACAGGACUCAAUAUAUCUUGGCUAACAAAUAAUGUGGCGCCUCAUUACAAACGUGCAACUGCUCUUGGGUUGAAUCAAACAUUGGGAAACUUAUCUGGUGCAAUUGCAGGUCAAAUUUACACAAGUCCACCUUAUACUUUUGGUAAUUCCUUUUCAUUAGGAUGUAUUGUACUUUCGAAUAUCCUAGCCUUGUCACAAAUUCUCAUUCUCCACAAUAUGAACAAGACAAGGCAAAAAAUUCUGGAGGGUAAAAUACCAGAUAAAAAGAAGAACAGAAGAGGCGACUGGGCUGUAGAUUUCAAAUAUUGUUUGUAA